AUGAUGAAGGUCUUCCUCGGCAAGUUCGAUGCUCGCGUCCUCCAUUCUGCCCAUGCUAGGGAAAUCACCUUCUCAGACUUGUCCGGUCGAGAAGACGUGUGGCUCGAUUUUCUGGCAGACGGUGGUGACGGGUUCGACUCCACCUAUACGAUCUCCCGACUUCUGGCACAGCCUCACCUCUCCGUCGAGGUUCCGAAUGACCGUGCUCUCCGCGCGCAAGCUCGAGACGCCCUAGUAUCUGCAGACGGAGUUGCUCGCCCGAGAAUCGCGACCGAAGUAGAUGAACUGGUGCCCUUGUCGAGGAAGACGAUUCGGUCCUUACCAUCCUUCGACAGCGUGAGAGAUGACUCCCCUGUGUCGGUCAAGGGGAGAGACGUCGUAUUCCAUGGUGGUGACGUGGCCUAUCCUUCUCCUUCCAAUGAGGAGUAUGUCAGUCGAUUCAUCAGACCUCUUGAGUGGGCCUUACCUCGAAUCAAUUCUGAGGAUAAUGUCAAGGACUCGGUUGAGCAGCCCCAGAUGUUCAUCAUACCAGGGAACCAUGACUGGCACGAUGGCUUAGAGACGUUUCUGCACUGGAUAGUGUACAACCAGAAAGUAGCUGGUUGGAAGCUUCCCCAGAAGCAUUCGUAUUUCGCUGUAAAACUAUCCCAUGGUUGGUGGGUGUGGGGUCUGGACCUGGGUCUCUCAUAUGACCUUGAUCGUCCUCAAUAUGAAUAUUUUUGUGCCUUGCUGGAGACUGGCAAAGUAGAGGCAGACGAUCGUGUUGUAGUGCUCACGCACAGACCGAAUUGGGUUUUUGACCCGGCCGUCGCUGAGGUAAGCAUCUUCCCGUUAGUCUGCGAACUGAGAUCUCUUCAGAGAACGGGAUAUACUCUUAAUGUUCUAUUGGAGAAGAUCGGGGAGCCAAGGCUCGCCAUGAGGUUGGCCGGUGAUCUCCAUCACUACACACGAUAUAUGCCUGGCAACGGCUCAAACGGCCCUCCUCUGGUGACCUCUGGAGGAGCAGGAGCUUUCUUGCACCCGACCCAUUAUCCACCGAAGGACUUUCUCAACGCGGCCAAUAUGGCGUCGAGAUUGGGGGAACAGAGUCGUGAUGGGAAUGCACACGCAGCUGCAGGAGUUGGUCUCGACUUGCCUCAAUACAUCAGCAAAGCUUCAGGCAUUGGGUAG